AUGGAAAUCUCAAUUGAUUAUAUUGUCAAUCAAACUAACGUUACAGGGUAUAAGAUCAUGUGGCGUAAUGUGCUUUACAUGUUCCGGCUGACAACAUCUUACCGGAAGAGGAGUGGUUCUUGGGAGAUAGGUUCUAUUAGUCCAAUGCACACUGGAAUAAUCACCAAUCCGAUGCAGGAUCAUCACAAAAUCAACUCUCAGUUAAUAUGCGAUGAAAUUUUGUCUGUCAUUAGCAAGGAUUCGUCAUUGAAUAUGAGUAUAAUAAUCAUGCAUAUCGUUACACGAUACAUUUAUACUCCCCCAUACAUGAAGACAUGUAUAGCUAAGACUAAGGCGUUUGAACGAGUAUUCGGAAAUUGGAAGGAUUCGUACAAAGAACUUACACAAUACCUAGUGGCACUUAAUCAUUAUGAUUCGGGUACUGUUGCUAUUUUGGAGACCUUGCUAACAUAUACCUCAGAUGAGACUUGUGUUAGUGACAAUGGCAUAUUCCACCGAUUCUUCUGGGCAUAUGAACCAUGCAUUAAAGGUUUUUCUUUCUGUAAAACUAUUAUACAAAUUGAUGAAACAUGGUUAUAUGGUAAAUAUAAAGGAAUGCUACUCAUGGUAGUGACACAAGAUGGCAACAAUAACAUUUUUCCAACCGCCUUCUCUCUAGUUGAAUGGGAGACUGUUGGUGGAUGGAAUAGAUAUCCAUCAAUUGAGAGUGCUUAUAAAAAUGUUGAUAAUGCCUUACAGGAUCCUCCUUCUACGCAAGUCUACUGCAUUAGACACAUCGCUCGAAAUUUCAUGCGGGAGAUCAAAGACAAGACGCUACAGAAGAAGGUUGUGAACGCAUAA